CUAUCCGCCGGGGCUAUGGCCGCGGAAGAGGUAUUGCAGACUGUGGACCAUUAUAAGACCGAGAUAGAGAGGCUGACCAAGGAGCUCACGGAGACGACCCACGAGAAGAUCCAGGCGGCCGAGUACGGGCUGGUGGUACUGGAAGAGAAGCUGACCCUCAAACAGCAGUAUGACGAGCUGGAGGCUGAGUAUGACAGCCUCAGACAGGAGCUGGAGCAGCUGAAAGAGGCAUUUGGGCAGUCCUUCUCCAUCCACCGUAAGGUUGCUGAGGAUGGAGAGACUCGGGAGGAAACGCUUCUGCAGGAGUCAGCAUCGAAGGAAGCUUACUAUCUGGGGAAGAUCUUGGAGAUGCAGAACGAACUGAAACAGAGCCGGGCUGUGGUCGCCAACGUGCAGGCAGAAAAUGAGAGGCUCACAGCCGUCGUGCAGGAUCUGAAGGAGAACAAUGAGAUGGUGGAGCUACAAAGAAUACGGAUGAAGGAUGAAAUCCGAGAAUAUAAAUUCCGAGAGGCCCGCCUCCUUCAGGACUAUACUGAACUAGAAGAGGAAAACAUCACGCUGCAGAAACUGGUGUCCACAUUAAAGCAGAACCAGGUUGAAUACGAAGGUUUAAAGCAUGAGAUUAAGCGAUUUGAGGAGGAGACGGUGCUGCUGAACAGCCAACUGGAAGAUGCCAUCCGGUUGAAAGAAAUCGCUGAGCACCAACUGGAAGAAGCCCUUGAGACCUUAAAAAAUGAAAGGGAGCAAAAGAACAGCCUGCGGAAGGAGCUCUCCCAGUACAUCACCCUCAAUGAUAACCAUAUCAGCAUUUCAGUCGAUGGACUCAAGUUUGCAGAGGAUGGAAGUGAACCCAACAAUGAUGACAAAAUGAACGGGCAUAUCCACGGACCCCUUGUGAAACUGAAUGGAGACUAUCGGACUCCCACUUUAAGGAAAGGAGAGUCUCUACACCCUGUUUCUGACUUAUUCAGUGAGCUGAACAUCUCAGAAAUACAGAAAUUGAAGCAGCAACUUAUGCAGGUAGAGCGGGAAAAGGCCAUUCUUCUGGCCAAUCUCCAGGAGUCACAGACGCAGCUGGAACACACCAAGGGGGCACUGACGGAGCAGCACGAACGGGUGCACCGGCUCACGGAGCACGUUAAUGCCAUGAGGGGCCUGCAGAGCAGCAAGGAGCUCAAGCAGCUGGACGGGGAAAAGGGCCGGGACUCAGGAGAGGAGACCCAUGACUACGAGGUGGACAUCAAUGGCUUAGAGAUCCUUGAAUGCAAAUACAGGGUGGCAGUAACUGAGGUGAUCGAUUUGAAAGCUGAAAUUAAGGCCUUAAAGGAGAAAUAUAAUAAAUCUGUAGAAAACUAUACUGAAGAGAAGGCGAAGUAUGAGAGUAAGAUCCAAAUGUAUGAUGAGCAGAUUACAAGCCUUGAGAAGACCACCAAGGAGAGUGGAGAGAAGAUGGCCCAUAUGGAGAAGGAGUUGCAAAAGAUGACCAGCAUAGCCAAUGAAAAUCACAAUACCCUUAAUACAGCCCAGGAUGAGUUGGUGACAUUUAGUGAGGAGCUAGCUCAGCUUUACCAUCAUGUAUGUCUGUGUAAUAAUGAAACCCCUAACAGGGUCAUGCUGGACUACUAUAGGCAAAGUAGAGUCACCCGUAGUGGCAGCCUGAAAGGGCCUGAUGAUCCCAGGGGACUUUUGUCUCCACGGUUAGCCAGGCGGGGUGUGUCGUCCCCUGUAGAAACAAGGACCUCACCUGAACCAGUUUCAAAAGAAAACACAGAAGCCAGCAAAGAACCAAGUCCAACCAAGACUCCCACCAUCUCUCCUGUUAUUACUGCCCCACCAUCAUCUCCAGUAUUAGACACAAGUGACAUCCGCAAAGAACCAAUGAAUAUCUACAACCUUAAUGCCAUAAUCCGGGACCAAAUCAAACAUCUGCAGAAAGCUGUGGACCGGUCCUUGCAACUGUCUCGUCAAAGAGCUGCAGCACGGGAGCUGGCCCCCAUGAUAGAUAAAGACAAAGAAGCCCUAAUGGAAGAGAUCCUCAAGCUUAAGUCCCUACUGAGCACCAAACGGGAGCAGAUCGCCACACUGAGGGCAGUGCUGAAAGCCAACAAACAGACAGCUGAGGUGGCAUUAGCUAAUCUCAAGAACAAAUAUGAAAAUGAAAAAGCAAUGGUGACUGAAACUAUGACGAAACUUAGAAAUGAACUGAAGGCUUUGAAAGAAGAUGCAGCAACUUUCUCAUCCCUGAGAGCAAUGUUUGCAACAAGAUGUGAUGAAUAUGUCACACAGUUGGAUGAGAUGCAGAGACAGUUAGCAGCUGCAGAGGAUGAGAAGAAGACUCUAAACACUUUGUUACGAAUGGCUAUCCAGCAAAAACUCGCCCUGACCCAGCGGCUGGAGGACUUAGAGUUUGACCAUGAGCAGUCCCGUCGCAGCAAAGGCAAACUUGGAAAGAGCAAGAUCGGCAGCCCUAAAGUAAGUGGGGAGGCAUCAGUCACCGUGCCCACCAUAGACACUUACCUCCUGCAUAGUCAGGGCCCACAGACACCCAACAUUCGGGUCAGCAGUGGCACUCAGAGGAAAAGACAAUUUUCACCUUCCCUUUGUGAUCAGAGCCGUCCCAGGACUUCAGGGGCUUCCUACCUACAGAAUUUAUUAAGAGUUCCCCCUGAUCCCACCUCCACAGAGUCAUUUCUUCUGAAGGGCCCCCCUUCCAUGAGUGAAUUCAUCCAAGGGCACCGGCUCAGCAAGGAAAAAAGGUUAACCGUGGCUCCACCAGAUUGUCAGCAGCCUGCUGCCUCCGUACCGCCACAGCGCUCACAACUAGCCGGGGGGCAAGACUGCCCGACUCUCAGUCCUGACAUAGCUCUGCCCGAUGAGCAGCCACAUUCCAGCUCGCAGUGCGCCCCUCUCCACUGUCUCUCCAAGCCUCCUUACCCCUAGUCUUCAUCUCCCGUGGACGAAUACCUGGGGUGAACGUUUUGUAGCCACACACAGGAUACUGCCCAAGAUCCAGCGGGUGUUUUCUUCUCGGUGGUUAGAUGUUUGAUUGAAUUAAUGGCCAUCAUUUUGGAAGAUGAGAGGAAGUUGGGAAGAAUAACACAAAGCACAGACUCUGGUGUGAUAAAACACUUUAUGGUUUCUCUAAGUCACAGAUAAACUUCUGCAAUCAAAUGGCUACAGUUCAGUUAAAUCAAAAUAAACAAAACAGGAAAUAUGUAUCUCAGAUGGCUGGCUUUACCUCGAUAGCUUAAGAGAGACC